AUCAUCCACAGCGGCCACUUCAUGGUGUCGUCGCCGCACCGCGAGCACCCGCCCAAGAAGGGCUACGACUUCGACACGGUCAACAAGCAGACGUGCCAGACCUACAGUUUCGGCAAGACCAGCUCUUGCCACCUGUCCAUCGACGCCUCGCUCACCAAGCUCUUCGAGUGCAUGACCCUGGCCUACAGUGGAAAGCUGGUGUCUCCAAAGUGGAAGAAUUUCAAAGGCCUGAAGCUCCAGUGGAGGGACAAGAUCCGGCUCAAUAACGCCAUCUGGCGGGCGUGGUACAUGCAGUAUUUGGAGAAGCGCAAGAAUCCUGUAUGCCACUUUGUCACUCCACUUGACGGCUCCAUGGAUGUGGACGAGCAUCGCCGGCCAGAGGCCAUCACCACAGAAGGGAAGUACUGGAAAAGCCGCAUUGAGAUUGUCAUCAGGGAAUACCACAAGUGGAGAACCUAUUUCAAGAAAAGGCUACAGCAGCACAAGGAUGAGGACCUGUCCAGCCUGGCACAGGAUGAUGACACGCUCUAUUGGCACAAACAUGGGGAUGGAUGGAAGACCCCGGUCCCCAUGGAGGAGGACCCGCUGCUGGACACAGACAUGCUCAUGUCCGAGUUCAGCGACACCCUCUUCUCCACGCUGUCUUCACACCAGCCUGUGGCUUGGCCUAACCCACGGGAAAUAGCACAUCUGGGAAACGCAGACAUGAUCCAGCCGGGACUGAUUCCUCUGCAGCCCAACCUGGACUUCGUGGACACGUUCGAGCCUUUUCAGGACCUCUUCUCCUCCAGCCGCUCCAUGUUUGGCUCCAUGCUGCCUACCCCCACCCCUGCCCCUGCACCCGAUCCCAUCCGCCUCCCUGCUCAGGAGAACAUCCUGCCAACUGCUACUCUCCCCACUGUGAGCCUCCAGGACAGCUUCAUUGGCCCCACUGCCACUGCCUCUCUGGACCCCUCAGAGCAGCAGAGCUGUGACCACGGCCCCCGCACUGGGGACCCUUACGUCCAGCCCACAGACUUUGGCGCCUUGGAUCCCCCGCUGAGCGUUCCCCAGCCCUUCCUUCCCAUCUUCACCAUGCCCUUACUCCCUCCUAGCCCUGCCCCUACACCUGCUUCACCCACAUUACCACUAACUCCUGCUCCCGCCCUGAGUCCCCCAGCAACCCCCGCCUUCCUGCAGGCACAGAAGUUUGGAGUUAGCAAACCCCCCUCUGUCAUCACCCACACGGCCUCUGCCACCCUCACUCAUGACGCUUCCGCCACCACCUUCAGCCACAGCCAGGGCCUGGUGAUCACCACGCAUCCCCCCACCCCUUCAGCCUCAUCCUGUGGCCUGGCGCUGUCUUCUGUCAUCCAGCCACCAAUGGUUGGACCCUGCCAACCCCAUUUAACUUUCGUGCCCCCCAAACCUGUUUCCUUGACUGGGGGGAGGCCCAAGCAUCCCCCCAAAAUAGUGCCUGCUCCCAAACCAGAGCCUGUCUCCUUGGUGUUGAAGAACGCUUGCAUCACCCCAGCUGCCUUUCCAGGACAACCACAAGCAGUGAUUAUGACCUCAGGCCCUCUGAAGAGAGAAGGGAUGUUGGCUUCCACCGUGUCCCAGUCAAAUGUGGUCAUCGCACCCGCCACCAUUGCCAGGGCACCUGGAGUCACAGAGUUCCACAGCAGCAUCCUGGUGGCAGACCUUGGCCACACCCCUGGCAGCCAGCCUCCUAUCUCCCGGCUCUUCUCCCCAGGCACCGUGCCAGACACCCUGGUGAAGGGCGAGCAGGGCCCAAUGCAUGGGGGUGGCCCCCAGCUUCCCAGUGCGGGUCCCAGUCGCGAGUGCCCCAGCUCUGGGCAGGCCUCUCCAUGUGCGUCUGAACAGAGCCCCAGCCCCCAGUCUCCCCAGAACAACUGCUCAGGGAAAUCUCCUGCAGACCCCAAGAAUGUGGCAGUGUUAAAGCCUUUUCCCCAACAGAACCGGCAGAUGAAGCACAUUUCAGCCGAGCAGAAGAGGCGCUUCAACAUCAAGAUCGGCUUUGACACCCUGAAUAGUCUGAUUUCUAAUAAUUCCAAGCUGACCAGCCACGCCAUCACCCUGCAGAAGACAGUGGAGUACAUCACCAAGCUGCAGCAGGAGAGGAGCCAGCUGCAGGAGGAGGCCCGGCGGCUGCGGGAGGAGAUCGAGGCGCUCAAUGCCACCAUCAUCUCCUGCCAGCAGCUGCUCCCUGCCACCGGUGUCCCUGUCACCCGACGCCAGUUCGAUCACAUGAAAGACAUGUUUGACGAAUACGUGAAGAGCCGCACCCUGCAGAAUUGGAAGUUCUGGAUUUUCAGUAUCAUCAUCAAGCCACUGUUUGAGUCCUUCAAGGGGAUGGUGUCCACCAGCAGCCUGGAGGAGCUCCACCGGACGGCACUGUUCUGGCUUGACCAGCGCUGCUCCCUGCCCAUCCUCAGGCCAAUGGUGCUGAACACCCUCCGCCGCCUGAGUACCACCACCUCCAUUCUGACAGACCCAGCCCAGCUGCCAGAGCAGGCGUCUGAGGCCGUCACCAGAAUUGGCAAGAGAAUGGGCGAGUCUUAGCGCUUAGCUGGCAUGCAGC